AUGGCACGCACAAGACAGAGGAAAAAAGUUCAUGUUGCCACUGAAUCUACUUCUAGAGAGGUGUUUUCGGACAAGAAAAUGCCGGAUAACCAGAAAAAAGGUAGGAAAGCCACCAAAUCUAAACAAAUAGUGUCUAGCAAAAAACCAGUGGAAAACAAGAGAAAAGGUGGAAUUGCUGUGGGAUCUGCUUCAGCAGCAGGAGUUUCUGAUGAGAAGCCUCCCAGGGGUCUUGAUUCCGAUCCUGAGAUUGCAGGCAAAUCUCCAAUUCAGAAUUCUGCACCAGGCAAAGAAGCAAAAACCAUUUCAGAAGUUCAAGCCAUAAAAGGCAAUAAAAGGAAGAGAAAAAAUGAAGGAGUAGAUGAAAGUAAUAGUAAUAAAAAAGAAGGUACAAAUGAUGCAAGUUCACAUGGAAAAGAGAAAAUGGGAGUUUUAAAUGAGAAAAAUGAAGAUGAAAAGUCCGGGAAAAAUCUUGGUGGACUGAUUUUUAUGUGCAAUACCAAAACAAAACCAGAUUGUUUCCGUUACCAUGUGAUGGGUAUCUCAGCAAGCCGGAAAGAGUUUGUAAUGGGCAUCAAGCCUGGUCUUAAGCUUUUCCUCUAUGAUUUUGAUCUCAAGCUCCUGUAUGGAAUCUAUGAAGCAUCUUCUUCUGGUGGCAUGAAACUUGAACCGGCUGCAUUUGGGGGGGCCUUCCCUGCUCAGGUCCGCUUCACUGUUCACAGGGACUGCCUUCCUUUACCUGAGAAUAUAUUUAAGAAAGCAAUCAAAGAAAAUUAUGAUGAAAGGACACGCAAGUUCAAGACAGAGUUAACUUCUUCCCAAGUAAAGCACCUGUCAAGAUUAUUCCAGCCGACCCCAAAGUUGCAUUCAAAUGGUAAAUCGUUGGUUCGCGGUUCAGAAUUUGUGUCCGUUCCUGCUCCUGCACCGAACGUCUUGCCAACAGCAAUUUUGCACACUGGGGAGAAAUUCAAACAUCAUGGCAGUAUGAAACCAGGAGAAGACAUUAUCCAGUUUGAUAAAGAGAAGAAACUCUCUGAGCACCAUGUGUCUUCCACUGAAGUUCGUUCACAGGGUCCGCUUUUUCUCACAGAGCAAGAAUACAGAAAUUAUGGUCUUCGACAGGGAAAUGAUUUCUUGCCAACUGCUGUAGGUGGUACCAUUGGCGGUGCACAGGAGCAUAGAAAUCUUGAACAAGAGAAGGAUCAGUUUCAAAGGAACCCUGCUUCUACAAAUAACAAUGUAACUUUGCAACAGAGAGAAGUCAGUCGACCUGAUACUUUUUUUCUCAGUGAAAAAGAGUACCGCACUUAUGGGCUAAGAGGUCCCCGUGAAAUGCCUACCGAGGUGUCUCCUGUGAUAAGAACUAAUCAAGCUGUUGAAGAGGCAUAUAAUCCUUAUAAUGAAAGCACCACAUCACUGGUAAAUCGAUAUCUUUCGCUGCCACCAAUGAUAGAAACAGCACCUGCCAGAUUACAUCCUCCUAUAAAUUAUCGAAACUCCACAACCACAAGUGGUGCAGCAAUUCAUCUGGGAAGAAUAAUUCCUGAUGGAGAAAGAUCAUAUUCAUCAUAUGCUCCUCGUGAACUUUCUGAAUACAAUCAAAGACUGCUUCCUACACAUGCUUCCCUGGAACCACCUGAAUACAAUCAGAGAUACCUCCUCCUUGGUGGCGAGACCAAAUCCAUGCCCACAACAGUCUCAAACCGCUAUGCUUUUGGAGGACCCUAUGUCAAACGGCACUGA